AUGACUGUCAGCGAACACCCGUCCACGUUGAUUUCUUCUGAGCAUCACAAUGACUCGAACAAUUCCAAGUUGGCCAAAAAUACUUGGAAAGUCACCGCCGCUCUCAAACGCGACGAUCGAGCGAACCGACUCAAGCCCUAUGCUCACUGGGGCUUGGCCGAACUCGCCCCCCCAUCAUCUCAAAAGAACAUUACGUCCCUUGUUCAUACUCGCCUUACUGACAGGGAGCGCUCUUUCCUUGCGAUCGAUGCGACCGAUCUUGCCCAGCGUCUGGCCAGUAGAGAUUCUUUGGCUCGAGCCCGGGAGCUAGACACGCAUAUAUCGGCGACUGGGAAGGUAGUUGGGCCGCUGCAUGGUGUGCCAGUGAGCAUCAAGGAUCAUAUUGCCGUUAAAGGAGAGGAUACUGCUACUGGCUUUGUUGCUUGGGCGGGACGCAAAAUUGCAGAAGAAGACGCAACUAUCGUUCAAAUUUUAAGGCAGGCCGGAGCUAUCAUCUAUGUCAAAACAACCAAUCCCCAGGCCUUAUUUGGUUUGCUCUCGAGACCCGGAGCAAUAUCUACGGUUCCACAAGUAAUCCUUAUAAUCGUGAACUUGGCUGCGGCGGAAGUAGCGGUGAUAUUGGAGGCUCUAUUAGGUAUGUUGGAGUUCACACCGUCCUGCUCAGACAUAUACUUAUACCCACUUAAUGACAUCAGAGUACCGUCAGCCUGGUGCGGGCUAUACGGGCUAAAACCCUCAAGUAAUAGGUUACCCGCUUCCGGCUUAUUGUCACCAUACCCAGGGUUCGAUAAUAUACAUGUGGUAAUAGGUCCGAUGGCACACUCUGCGAGGGAUCUUGAGCUAUUCUGUAGAACGAUUUCUGACUAUGAGCCAUGGAGUUUCGAUUUUGGUACCUUAUCUGUUCUUUGGAACUCAAGCGUCACCCAGCGCAAAGAAGGCGACAAGUUGGUGAUUGGAUUCUUCACCGAUGAUGGAGUAGUUGCGCCUCACCCACCUAUCAUUGAACGUCUACACAAGACCCGAGACGCGCUUAUUGCUGCAGGUCAUGAAGUUAUUGAUUGGGUACCAAUGGAUCACAUGCAAGCAUUUAAACUCAUUGCAGAACUAUUCUUCCUCGAUGGUGGAGAGGCUAUACGUGCCGUUUUAGCGGAAUCGGGUGAACCUGCAAUCCCACCUCUCGCCCGUCACUUACCAGAUUCGAAGGAGGCAGAUACACAUACCCUAGCUCAAUCUUGGGCAGCCAACGUCCAGCGCGACCAGUUCCGAGCACGUGCAUUGAAACACUGGAACGACACCGCACUGCAGUCUAAGAGUGGUCGACCAGUCGAUGCGAUCCUUUGCCCAGUAGCACCUACCCUUGCGCCUCCUUAUGACACUACGCGAUGGGCAGGGUAUACAACCUACUGGAAUCUGCUUGACCUUCCAUCAGUAGUCUUUCCAUCGGGAGAACCGUUUCGCGCAAGUACUUGGGAGUCGACAAAUAGUUCUCCAAGCGAUGAACCUCGAAACCCGAUUGAUGCGUUUGUGAAAGAACAGUGGGACCCUGAAGCAUUUGAUGGUGCACCUAUUGGCCUUCAGCUUGUGGGUCGUCGAUGGCAGGAGGAAAAACUACUGGCCAUGCUGAAAGACGUUGAAGACGCGGUGGUUAGAUUUGAAAAGUGA